GGUCAGUCGGUAAGGAAAACAUCUGCUGCGGGUGAAGUGCAAAACGUUGCCCACAAUGCCCCUUGCUGCUGUGGAAAGUGCAUUCCUGGACCAACCGACUGCCGUUAUGAUGGAAACACCGGGCAAAAAGCGCAAACGUAAUGCGGAAACGAAUCCGUUCCUGAACUUUACCGACCAAACGUUCAGCAUCGCUUCGUCGACCCCGAUCCACAAUCGUCAGAUCGAUGGCAGUGCGUUCGAGAAUCCGUCGUUCCGCGUGGCGAACAAGGAAAACUACAACCUGUUUUCCGACUCGUGCAUGGAGGUGAAAUCGAUCGCGGAUUUGGCAUCGAAGCGCUCGAAUAGUAAUGCGUGUGAUACGAAUCCUUUUGAAGUGGUGCGCAAACCACCGAAGAAAAAGAAGAAACAGAUGCACCCGGGCGGUGGUGGUUCGGUAUCGCUGGAGGAGAGUUGUUUCGAGAAUCCGGGUUUGAAUUUGGCCGCUGCCGAUAAGCAACCGGUAAACCCGUUCGAGGUGCCACGCGAUGGUGAGGAAUGUAAGCGCAAGGAAGCGGAAGAACAGAGCCGUUGCUUUGUGAACAGCGCUUUGAAUAUCCGUGGAGCGGAAAGUGCCGAACGAUUCAAUCCGUUCGAAAUAGUGCGCCCGAAGGAAGGAGGAUCAAGUGUGGCGCCGAAUCGAGGUUUACCCGUGCCGGAACUGGCUGGUAUUGAGAAUCCUGCCCUGGAAAUGCCAACGUACGCAAUUGCCGUACCGUUCACGCCGUCGCUGAAGCAUCGUAUCAAUUUCCAGGAGCUUGUCCCGAAUGCUUUGACACCGUGUCAAAUGUUGGCCAACAUGGUAGUUUGCAGUCCCGAUCCGGGCAAGAUGGGAUGCGCCGAGACGCAGAACAAGAACGCAACCGUUACGCUCGCCAAAAGACGUUCGCUGUCGGUUAUAAGCGAAGAGUCGGACAUCGGCGAAAAGUUGGACUGCUACCAGCUGGAACUGGAGAACAGCAUUAAUGAAGCGAAGGUACGCAAACAACGGCCGGGUGGUGAUACGACUCCGUUCACGUACAGCGGAACUGGGCAUCGCCGUCGAUCGGUAAGACGCAGCUUGAUCGACAUGAAACACAUUAGCAAUCUGUCGCAGCGCUUGCACGAGCUGGAGGACGAUGAGAACGAUUUUACAAAGCUGGAAGACGAUGAAAACCUACGCCCGGAUGUUGCGGGUGAAGAUAAGGAAAAUAAACAGCCAACGCCGGAAGCCGUUGCUGAGCAAACAAUCGACAAAAAAGUUGAAAAUGAAACUACCAAUGAGACCGAAGGUCACUGCAACCAACUGACGUUCACCAUUACCAAAGAAACGACAACAACGGUACGGGAAGAGAUACGCAUCGACGUGUCCAAUCCGGACGUUCAGUUCGAGGAGGUGGAAGACUUUGAAGAUGAAGAGCAGGACGUUGAACUGCUGAACAAUCCGGCACCUUUUCAGCGUGCGUACCGCAAGAAGGAACCACUUACAGAAAGACUUCCGGAAGAGGUGGAAUCGGAUGGCUUCAAGCGUCCACAAGCUGCAGCUGUGCCGCAGGGCGAUAAUGCACCGGUAAAGUCACACAAGGUGCGUGACGCUAUUCGUCGCAGCUUCCGCCGAUUGAUACCACGCGGUCAAUCGAAUGAACCGAAGGACGAGGAAGAGAACCAAUCUCUACCGGCCGGUGCUGAAAGUCAUGGAUUGAUUUCCAGCAUUCGGCACAGCUUAAGAAGACGGCAGACGAAAGCCAAACCGGAUGAGGACGAGGGCAACAAGCAGAACGCGGAGAAACAAUCUCCGCUGGAAAUAUCCAUCAUUGCUGAGCAACCACGGGCAGUGUUCCGUCAACCAUCGCUGGAUCAGUACAAACCGAUCGCUGCUGCUGCUAGCUCAAACGGGAGCGGUGGGACACUGAGAAGCAGUCUACGCCGCUCUACGAAAGACAUCCGAAAGCAGAUGAUGAAGUCGGUGUUUCGUAAGCAAACAGGAGAUUUGGACGGUGAUCACCAUCAGGGACAUCAUGUGGGUGAAUAG